GACUGGUCGGAUAAAGCCAGUCGUCAUCUCGUGCUCAUACGAGACACGCUUCUCCUCUCCGAGAGACUCUCUUCUCGAUCGUCCCGGGCACCGAUUUCUCUCCGGUAUACCGUAAAAAUGUAGUCGAAACGCGAUUGAGGGUCCUCUCGGCUGGGCCCGGAUACCAGCUAUGUUAGCCGAGAAGUUCUCUCUAUCACCAACGAUCGGUUCUUUUUUUCUUCUUCGGUCUUUUGAUCUCUCUAUCUUCUUAUAUCGGUAUUUGUCGGUGGUAUUUAAGGUGUAAUUAUUAACCGUAACGUGUAAAUUGAAUUGGUUUUGCAUCACCGAUAUCUAGCGGACCGACUAACAACCACGGAACGUAUUAUUGUUGUUGUUAUUAUUGCCCGUUUAUUAUUGUUGUCGUUAUAUUUCUAUUCAACUAUCGUUGUACAUACGUGUGCUGUAACGUGAGUCGCGAGAUCAGAAACGUUUGCGAUCAUCAGACGCGUUUGAUCGUUCGUCGGAAAGAAAAUGGUUGCGGAAAAGUACGAUAAGGCCGAUCCUGAGCUGAAACAGGAACUAAAGUCCAUCGCUCAGCAGAUUGUAGCACCUGGAAAAGGAAUCCUUGCUGCCGAUGAAUCAACGGCAACGAUCGGCAAACGUCUUAAAGAUAUUAAUGUUGAAAAUAACGAAGAAAACCGCAAAGCGUACAGGCAACUUCUUUUCACCACAGCAAAGGAUGUCAUCAGUCAACAUAUCUCCGGCGUUAUCCUGUUCCACGAAACUUUGUACCAGAAGGCCGAGGAUGGAACGCCAUUCGUCGAGCUUCUGAAGCAACGUAACAUUCUGCCAGGCAUCAAAGUCGACAAGGGUGUUGUUCCCCUUUUCGGCACUAAUGACGAAUGCACGACCCAAGGUCUCGAUGACCUUCAGGCUCGUUGCAUUCAGUACAAGAAGGAUGGUUGCCAUUUCGCCAAGUGGAGGUGUGUGUUGAAGAUCACGAAGAACACCCCGAGCAAAUUGGCUAUCUUGGAGAACGCCAACGUCCUUGCUCGCUAUGCUUCCAUCUGCCAGAGCGCUAGAAUCGUACCCAUUGUCGAACCUGAAAUCUUGCCUGAUGGAGAUCACGAUCUUGCUCGAUGCCAACAGGUCACGGAGGAAGUUCUUUCCGCCGUGUACAAGGCACUGGCCGACCAUCAUGUGUAUCUUGAGGGAACCCUUCUUAAGCCCAACAUGGUAACACCAGGUCAAAGUUGCCCAACUAAGGCAACCCCUCAGGAGAUUGCUGCUGCCACGGUGACCGCUUUGAUGCGCACUGUACCACCCGCAGUACCCGGUAUUACGUUCCUCAGCGGCGGACAGUCAGAAGAAGAGGCGUCUGUGAACUUAGACGCUAUCAACAAGUUCCCAGUCAAAAAACCAUGGGCAUUGACCUUCAGUUACGGUCGUGCACUUCAAGCAUCUGUCCUCCGCGCAUGGGCAGGUAAAAAGGAACAAAUUUCCGCUGGUCAGGAAGAACUUAUCAAGAGAGCUAAGGCAAAUGGAGCAGCUAGUCAAGGCAAAUACGUUGCUGGCAGUAUUGUUAGCGUAGCUGCUAAUACUUCUCUCUAUGUGAAAACUCAUUCCUACUAAAUCUUUAUUUUUCUUUCUAUGAGACAUAUUUCUAUAGCCAACAGCGAGUCGGCACUUGGCAAAUACGAAGGUGGUGUAAAGGGAGCAGCUGGCGAUGCUGCACUUUUUGUCGCAAACCAUGCGUACUAAAAUCAAUCCGUAGAAUAUCAAUAAGGAUUUACUUUAGACUGUAGAUCGUUCGCCGAACAUUAUCAACAUCGAUUACUGGCUGUCAGCAUGGAAAUAUUGCCAUUAAUAUGAAGAAGAUUCAGAACGAACGAAGAAAUUUUGAAACUGCUUGAACACAGAGCAUGUACUUCUUACAUGAUUUUUAUGUAUCUCGCGGUACACAAGUACGGAACGAAAUCAAGCGAAUUUUAACUUUUUACGAUAAUUAGAAUUUCAAAUAUGGAUUUUAUCAAUCUUAAACAAUUUAUAAGAAGAGUGGCACAAGAUAAGAUCGUCGAUAUGUACGUUAUUGUUUAUCAAUUAAAGAUAAACGUUUCGUUAGCGAGCGAUCUUCUUGUUUUUAUAUUAUCUGUUUUAUCUUCGUGUUCAUGAUUUUUUUUCUCAUUUACCACUUACUUCUGCAUUCGAUUUUCCUGAAAUUAUAAAAUACGAUAGAGAAUAUUUUAAUGUUUGUUUCAUUGUGAUAUCGUUCGUUCGAAGCUUUUUCUAGAACAUAAGAAAGACUUUUCGCAAGGAAUCUCUGAAAAUCCAAGUGCCCUCUGAAAGAGAAUGUGGUCAAUAUGAUUGUGUACUUGAGCUUAUCGGACGAAAUUGAUCGAACUGUUUUAUUUUGAUCGUAAGCAGUUUUCGCGACAUUCGAAUUACACACGCGUUAUUAUAUUCUGUAACACUACGAUUAAAAAGCAGAUAUAUAUUAUAUAUAUUGUCAAUGUCGUUAUGAUAUUCUAAGUGUAUAAAAAAGUAAGAAAAAUGAAAAAACAAAGUAAAAUCAUAUUAAAUGUUGUUUGUUAGUGAAUGAGUCGAAUAUUAUAAAGUCGUAAUAUUAUGUCAUCUACUUAUACAGUAUGUGUAUCUCUUAUAGAUAUUUAAGUAACGUAUUGAAAAAGUAUCUCGUACAUCGAUGUUAUAUCUAAUAUUUUCAAUGCAAUCUCGGUCCCAAAUACACUGUGGAGGGUACA